AUGGACUGCGUUUUGAACGGGUUUCACGGCGACGGUGGUGACGGCGGGUUAGGGGAAGUGGUGGAGAUGAGCCGGACCCCUUCUUCCUCCAUCCAAUUGAAACCCGACCCGGGUUUCUUCGCGAACGGCUGGCCUGAUUUUGCCCCGGUUGGGAAUCAUGUGUAUGGGAUUUCUAGGACAUCUAGCUGCCCGCCUACGGCGGCCGAGUCGUCGGCGCCGUCGGCGAUGGAGACUCAGGCUGCGGGGAGCGUAGUUGACGGCUCGAAGAAACGAAAAUUGGACAAGCCCCAACAACGUAACCCUAAGGUCAUUAAUUUUCCUUCCCAAAUUCAGAAUUUCCGUAAGGUAAAUGACUAUAACUCUUGGAUGAAUUAA